AUGUCCUCAUCCGACAAAUUGUCCGCUGAUGACGUGUUGAAUACUUUGGACAAACGAAAUCGCUAUAUUCUAUCAUGCAUUCUUGUGUGUGGAUUCGCGUGGGCACCCCUCGCAUUCACUGGUCUUUGCCCGUCUUUUGUCGUCAAAGCUCCAGAAAACUCAAGUUUUAUUGGAGUCGCCGAUGAAUUCGAUUUGACUGGAGAUGCCACGUGGCUCGCUGACAGUACGACUACAUUUUAUAUGGUUGGAAACAUGAUUGGAGGAAUGUUCAUACCUCCAUUGGCUGACAAAUAUGGAAGACUUCCCGUAUUUGUGAUUACUGUACUGCUGAUGGCCGGUGGGGGAAUGCUUUCGGCGAUUUCGAAUUCAAUUAUGAUGUUUUGUAUCAUGAGACUCAUCCAUGGAAUAUUUUAUACUGCAUCUGGACUUGCUGGAUGGGUCCUCGGAUACGAGAAUACUCCACUUCGUCUUCGCUUCUUCACUUCGGUUUAUUUCGGUUUGAUGUGGGUAGUUGGUGCUUGUAUUCUUGCACUUCUUGCCUACGUUCUACCUGAUUGGAGAUGGCUAAUGUUCUGUAUAUCUGUACCCAAUGUUUUCGUUGCCUUUUUGAUUUAUAUGACAGUCCCAGAAAGUCUUCAUUAUUUGGUUUCAAGUCAACAAACUGAAAAAAUUGAAGCCUGGCUUGAGAAGAUUCGAGGACCUAAAGGAGAUAUUUCAGCAUCGGAUAUUGUAGAAAUUCAAGAUGAAAAAAGUUCAAGUUUCAAAAGUUUGUGUCGUGAAAUGUGGAAACACAAAAUGUUUAUCGUUUAUAUAUUUGUUAUGACCUACAUUUGGAUCGUGGACACUUUUAUAUAUUUCGGAUUGGCAUUUUACUCAAAGAAUUUGGCUGGAAACAUCUAUUUGAAUUUUGUUUUGAUGAGUCUUGUCGAAGCUCCCGCUUACAUUUUCUCUCCAAUUUUUAUGAACAAAUACGGAAGAAAAGUUCUGAUUUCUGGAACUCAUAUUAUUGCUGGUCUUUCAUUUCUGGGUAUUGUUCUGUCAACUGAAGAAUGGCACAUUCAUUUCUGGCUUCUCGGGAAAUUUGCGAUUUCUUGCUCUUUUAUGAGUAUUUACAUGUUCGCUAGUGAGAUUUUCCCAACUGACGGAAGAAAUAAAUGCAUUGGUUUCUGUGAAACUCUCUCAAGACUCGGAGGAAUGCUCUCUCCUUAUUUAUCUCAUUUGACUGCACUUCAUUCUCUUGCACCUGCUAUCACUUUAUCACUUAUUGCUGUGUCUGGUGGUUUGUUGACACUGAUUCUUCCUGAAACACUCAACACGAAACUUCCAUCGACGAUUGCUGAAACAGCUAGUCGCCGACAGCUUAUCGAUCGGAGCGAUUCGAACUCAAACUAG